AAAGUUAUAGAAAAACUAACCUUUCAAUGUACACCAUGUGGGAAAAUUGUUUUGUUUAUAUUUUAGAUGUUGUGUAAUUACAAUCAAUUGUUUCAUUAUAAUUUUUAUAUUUAUAUGCUGUAACAAUCUAUAAUGAUAUAUUUCUAGUAACGGUAUCUGAAUUGUUCCAAAAUAGUGUAUAUAAGUAUAUUUUUAUUUGUUUAAUAACAAUAAGUUGAUAUAUGAAGAAGUCAUAGAUUCAUAGUGUUUUUUUAAAUUCUUCAUACAUCUAUUGAUAAAAACUAGUUCAUAUCCCUCGAUUAUGUUACUAAGUAAUACAUUCAAAGUUUUAUUAAGAUCUGUAAAGCAUGACGAAUUGUUUUUUGCAAUAAAAUGGUAUUCAAAAAACUCAGACAAUGGUGUUGAUAUAAAAAAAUUUCCUAAUUUGCGAAUUUAUAAAGAAUUAAUAAUGAAAACAAUGUAUUUGAACAAUCAACAAGCUAUAGAAUUUCUUAAAGAAAAUACUCAUGUUUUUCGAGUACCACCACAUAAAAUUGUUGAAAUCAACAAACUUUGUCAGAGCUACAGAGUUAACAUGAAUCACAGAUAUAAAGGGAACUUGGAGUUAUUCAGUUUAGAUAAAAAUGAAAUAGAAACAAGAAUAUUUAUAUUACGAGAAAUAGGAGUAGAAAAUAUAGUUCCAGUAAUGUUAAAUAACUCUAUUCAGCAUGUAAAUUUGAAGUUAUUUCGAGUUUUUGCUCAAAUUAAUGAACAUAUAGAUAUGGGAGAAAGAUUAUAUUCUUUUCUACUUGAACCCUCGACCUUGAUGCCUCCGUUUAAAAAUUUGGAUGAAAAUGUAUCGAUAAAAACUUAUCGCUACCAAUGUUUAUCACAUUAUUUCCAAUGGAGGUUAAAAAUACCACCAGAAGAAAAACUCACAAUAGAUAAACUUGUUACCAAUACAAUAGGUCAUAAUUUUGCUAAAUUACGUAAAUCUUUCAGUGUUUUACAUGAGGUUGUUGGAAUUCCAAUUGAUUUGAUGAGAAAUCCAUUUUAUUUGAAAUAUUGUUCGCCAGAUGAUUUGAUAUGUAUUAUUGAACGCAUAAAAACAAUUUGUAACGUGCCUAUUAUCGAAUUAAUCCAAUCAACACCGACACUUUGUGGAAUGGAUUAUAAAAAUGUUGUUGUAAUAAAACAUCUUUUAGAAAAAAAUAAAUAUUCUGAAGAACAGUUGAGAAACUGUCCAAAAGUUUUAUUGGCUGAUAGUGAUGAAGUAACGGACAUACUAAAUAUUAUAAACCAAAGAGCAGACUUUAGAAUUUUUCAUAAUCAUCCACAAAUUUUGGAUAUUUAUUUAUUAGAGGAUGAGUUUAAAUUAAGAAUGGGAUAUCUAAAGUAUUUAAAUAUUCAAACAGCUUCAGUUUCAUUGUUUAAAAAGCCCACACUGGCAUUUGAUAAAAUCACCAGAUCAGGGAAAUUUACUUUUGACAUUAAUGAAAUAUAUUGGAUUAUUAAAAAAUUCUUAUCAAUUGAUAAACAAGAAGUUAUCCAUUUAUUAAAAAAACAUCCAUUCUGGAACAAAAUAGAUCUAUUGAUUAUUUAUGAAACUCUUCAAUUUUUAACAAGUUUCUUCGAUGUAAAUGCAAUUAAAAAUAAUUUUACAGUUGUUCUCUAUUCUAGAGCAGUAUUAGAAGAAGUGUUGAUAGAAAUAAUAAACACUCAUCAUGUAUGUUCAUUUGAAAAUCCAUACACAACAACUCAGAUUUUGGCAUUAUGUGAAUAUGAAAUUGAAAAAAACUAUCAUUUUACGGGAGAUGGAGUAUGGGAGAAACCUAAGAAAAUAUCAAACUCAUCUAAUCUCUCUCUACAUCUUAAAACUAUUUUAAUGGAUGAGACAAACAGGAAAAAUAUGUUUAAAAAUAAUCCUUAUGAUUACUUUAGUAUUAGUCAAUAUAAAAAUGAUAAUUUCAAUAAUUAUAAUAAACAUAAUCAAUGUGUAAAUAAGAUUCACAACAAUAAUGAUAAUUAUGAGGAGACGAACGAAGCUCAUAAUUGUAGUCACAAUCAUGAAAAAUAUUAUGAUCAUAAGUAUAGAAACGAAGAAUACAAUUCUAAGCUUCAGUUAAAUAGUACAAAUAAAACGUAACUGAUUAAAAA